AUGUUUUUUUUUACAACAAUAACACACGGAAAUGAUAUUGAGGCAACAAAUUAUAAAUGUGAUAUUUGUAAUCUUAUUAUUAAAGAAGCUUUCUAUCAACAAAUACUUGCUAAAAAAGACAGUUUCCAAUUUCAAACUAAAGGAUUUCAUAGUACUGAAGAAAAAAAUAUAGGUUAUAAAAAGAUUGAAGCUAUUAAAUCAGAAAUAUAUUUAGAAGAUCUAUUAAGCUUUGUCUGUGGAAAAACAUAUUUUUAUGCUUUAGCAAAGGAUACCAAUAAAACAACUGAUUACUAUAGUUUCAUAGCAAAAGAUGCUAUUGGAGAUAGAUAUCAAUUUAUUAGAAAUUCAACGAUUCAAUUUCAAAAUGAUUGUUUUGAAAUGGUAGAUGAUUAUCGUGAUGAGUUGAUUGCAUUUUUUAAAAAAGAUCAUAUUUUUCCAGUAAUGGAAUGGUGUCAUCUAGAAAAAGGUUUCUGCAAAAAUAGUGAAGCAUUGGAUUUUAGAGCUUUUGGUAGCAAAAAGAAUGAAUCGGAUUUAAAUGGUACAGAGGAAAUUGUUGAAUUAAAAAUAAAAGAAAAUAAUCACGAAGAUGAAAAUAAUAAUUUAAACGAAAAUUAUAGUAUGUUAAAGACUAAAAAUAUUGAUAAGAACUAUAUAGAUGAAAAUAAAAAAAAUAAUAAAGUUAAAAAAUCAACUUUAGAAAAAGAAUUAUAA